AACCUUAUCAUCAAAGAUAAUGGCCAGCAAUGUUACCAACAAGACAGACCCUCGCUCCAUGAAUUCCCGUGUAUUCAUUGGGAAUCUGAAUACUCUGGUGGUCAAGAAGUCUGAUGUGGAGGCAAUCUUCUCAAAAUAUGGCAAAAUUGUUGGCUGCUCUGUUCAUAAGGGCUUUGCCUUUGUUCAGUAUGUUAAUGAGAGAAAUGCCCGCGCUGCUGUCGCAGGAGAGGAUGGCAGAAUGAUUGCUGGCCAGGUUUUAGACAUUAAUCUGGCUGCAGAGCCAAAAGUGAACCGAGGAAAAGCAGGUGUGAAACGAUCUGCAGCGGAGAUGUACGGGAUGUACAGUUAUCCAGCACGUGUUCCUCCUCCUCCCCCUAUUGCUCGGGCUGUAGUGCCCUCAAAACGCCAGCGUGUAUCAGGAAACACCUCACGAAGGGGCAAAAGUGGCUUCAAUUCUAAGAGUGGACAGAGAGGAUCUUCCAAGUCUGGAAAGUUGAAAGGAGAUGAUAUUCAGGCUAUCAAGAAGGAAUUGACCCAGAUAAAACAAAAAGUGGAUUCUCUACUGGAAAACCUGGAAAAAAUAGAAAAGGAACAAAGCAAACAAGUAGUAGAGAUGAAGAAUGACAAAUCAGAAGAGGAGCAGAGCAGCAGCUCCCUGAAGAAGGAUGAGACUAAUGUGAAGAUGGAAUCUGAGGGGGGUGCAGAUGACUCUGCUGAGGAGGGGGACUUGCUCGAUGAUGAUGAUAAUGAAGAUCGGGGGGAAGACCAGCUGGAGUUGAUCAAGGAUGAUGAAAAAGAGGCUGAGGAAGGAGAGGAUGACAGAGACAGCGCCAAUGGCGAGGAUGACUCUUAAGCACAUAGUGGGGUUUAGAAAUCUUGUCCCAUUAUUUCUUUAUCUAGGCGCUUGUCUAAGAUCAACACCAGAUCCUCUCCCCUAGUAUCUUCAGCACAUGCUCACUGUUCUUCCCAUCCUUGUCCUUCCCAUGUUCAUUAAUUCAUAUUGCCCUGCGCCUAGUCCCAUUUUCACUUCCUUUGACGCUCCUAGUAGUUAUGUUAAGUCUUGCCCUGUAAUUUUUGCUUUUAAUUUUGAUACCUCUUUAUGACUUAACAAUAAAAAGGAUGUAUGGUUUUUUAAAAAAAA